UCAUGUCUCCAGUUGUCAGUGAAAUCCUCCGCUCCGGGUUUAUGAUAAAUUCCUCCCUCAGACGCAGGACCCAUCUUGUUCAAUCUUUCUCAGUUGUGUUCCUCUAUUGGUUCUAUGUUUUUUCAUAAAUAAACUUUUUGUGAUUGCUUGAGUUUCACUAUAUAAAUAUAAUAAUAAGUCAAAUAAACAACUGUCUAGAUUACGUAAAAAUAACUAGUGUCUGGAUCCUGUCCUCUUUGAGUUUAGAUUAAUCCUGAAAUAUUAGUCUUUUUUUUUUUUAAAGUUUUUAGCUGUGGUUUUUGGUGUAAAUAUAAUAUGGCUUCGUCUAGUGGAAAUUCCAAUUCCUCAGGUUCCACUCUGCUUCAGAAUUCCGGCUCUGAAGAGGACUUGCAACAUCUGAUGGAUCAAAGAAAAAGAAAGAGAAUGGAAUCAAACCGAGAAUCAGCAAGAAGAUCCAGGAUGAGAAAACAGAAGCACCUAGAUGAUUUAGUGUCCCAAGUGACACAGCUAAGGAAGGAUAAUAACCAAAUCCUGACAAGCAUCAACUUCACCACCCAGCACUAUUUGAACAUUGAGGCUGAGAACUCUGUUUUGAGGGCUCAGAUGAUGGAACUAAGCCAAAGGCUAGAGUCCCUUAGUGAGAUCCUCGAUUAUCUCAACAGCACCACAACCAAUGGUGGCCUGUAUGAAACUCAUCAGGGUUUUGAAACAAGUUCUGCUGACAGUUUCACCAACCCUUUCAAUCUGCCUUAUCUUAACCAACCCAUCAUGGCCUCUGCAGACAUCUUUCAAUACUGAUCUUCAUCCUCAUCAUCAUCAUCAUCAUUACCAAAUGGAUGGAAAACCAAAAAUGGUCAAAAUUUAUGGAUGUCUUUAUAUAUUCUUUUAUUGUUAGUGGUGUUGCUUCAAUGAGUGGAGAGGGAAAAAGAGGGUAUUAUUAUUUUUUUCCCCUUCUUUAAUGUUUGUUGUUAUUAUUAUUAUUAUUACUAAAAUAUUAGUCCUGUUGGCACCUAGGAUGCUGCAAAACAUGACUGUAAGAGAAUUGGCAACUAGCAAGAGAAAACUGCUAGCUAGGGUAUAAAAAUAGUCAAGUUUCUGUAAAAAUGGGAGGGGGGGUUUCCUGUGGAAAUGUUUGUGGUCUCCCCCACGUUAUAAACUAGUGUAUUAUUAAUUUCCUUCA